GCAAGCCAAUCAACUACUCUCCAAAACGCAUCGUUUUCGUUCAAGUGCCCCAAAACGCAGCGUCUUAACACAUUACUGUAGUCCCGUCCCCAAACGAAUCCCCUCGGCACUCUCUCUCUCUCUCUAACAGUUCCAAAUCUCUCGCGAUUUGCAGAGAGGAACACAAAAACACUAAUCCUCCAUAGAAUUUCAAUCGUCAUUUGAAAAUGGCUGCAAUCUUAGCUCGCAAGUCUCUCGCCGCUUUUCGCUCUCGUCAGCUUGCUGUGGCAGGACAAACGUUCCAGGGUCCCAACUGCUAUGCGAGUGUAUAUGGUGCACGCCCAUUUGCCACCAAACAGUCAUUUUCCACCGACAAAGAUGAUAUUGAAAGAGAAAAGCUUGCAAAGGAGAUCUCAAAGGAUUGGAGUUCUGUUUUUGAGCAGAGUAUAAAUACGUUGUUUCUCACUGAAAUGGUUCGGGGUCUAAUGCUGACGCUCAAAUACUUCUUUGAGCAGAAAGUUACUAUCAAUUAUCCAUUUGAGAAAGGUCCUCUAAGCCCUCGGUUUCGUGGAGAACAUGCCCUCCGACGUUAUCCAACUGGAGAGGAACGUUGCAUUGCCUGCAAACUAUGUGAAGCUAUAUGCCCGGCUCAAGCAAUAACGAUUGAAGCUGAGGAACGAGAAGAUGGGAGCCGCAGAACAACAAGGUAUGACAUUGACAUGACAAAGUGCAUCUACUGUGGAUUUUGCCAAGAAGCAUGCCCUGUCGACGCCAUCGUUGAAGGGCCCAACUUCGAGUUUGCUACAGAGACUCAUGAGGAGCUUCUUUAUGACAAAGAGAAGCUGCUUGAGAAUGGAGACCGUUGGGAAACUGAAAUCGCGGAGAAUCUCAGAUCUGAAAGCCUCUAUCGCUGAUUCCUCACCUCAUGAGAUCCUGCCUACUUUGUCUUUGGAUUCUCUCAACUCCUGAGACAGUGAUAAUAAUGAGAGAUGGUUAUGGGUCAUAGAAUUCCUGAAGUUAUUUUUAUUUUUUUUUGUUGAUUCUGUAAUUUUUCUUGUUGAAUUACUCUUUUCACUACAUGGUAAAGGAUGAACUCAUUCUGACAAUGCCAGGAAACAAACAAGGUUUUUGUUUGUAAAAUUAUUUAACCAGGGCUCAGUCUGUUCUUGACUACCUUUGAACUUGGAUUGAGAUCAAUUUGGUGAGUAACUUGUUCAAUAUUGUUUCUGGCUCAAUGAACUGGCUAGCCGAAUCAUAUUUUGUAAUUCAAUCAUAUUUCGAC